CGGCAAUCUCCCUCCAUAUUCCGAUUUGAAAACUGACGAGCAGAGAUUUUUUUUUUUUUUUUUUAAAUGACAUCUCCGAGCACAAGCCAUGAAGACAUAACUUUAAACCUCAUACCGAGAUGCAGAACCCUAGGGGCCCUCAAGCAAAUCCAUGGCCGCCUCCUCACGACGGGACUCUCCCGCCAUACAUUCCCCAUCAGCAAGCUCCUCCUCUUAUCCUCCACCCUCUCCUUACCCUACGCGCUCUCCGUAUUCCACCGUAUUCGUAACCCCUCCGUCUUCCUCUUCAACACCCUCAUCUCCUCCGUCGUAUCGAUCCACGGAUCGAGCCACACCCAUAUCGUGAUUUCUCUAUACUCAGAGGUUUUGUGCUCUAGAGAUGUUAGGCCAAACGCCUUCACGUAUCCUUCUCUGUUCAAGGCCUGUGGGUGCGAUCCACGGUGGCACCGCCAUGGCCGGUCUCUUCAUGCCCAUAUCCUGAAAUUCCUUGAUCAUGAGAGCUGUGAUCGGUUUGUGCUUGCUGGUUUGGUCGGAUUCUACGCCAAUUGUGGGAAAUUGGGGGUCGCUAGAACUCUGUUCGAUCGAAUCAGCGAACCCGAUUUGGCAACGUGGAACACCGUUCUCACUGCAUAUACGCGUGUCGGAGAUGCAUACGGAGACGGUGAUCUGGGUUCUUCCGCGGAGGUUUUGCAAUUGUUCGGGAAAAUGCAGAGGAGUUCGUCGGUGAAACCAAAUGAGGUCUCUCUCGUGGCUCUCAUCAAAGCAUGUACGAAUAUCGGCGCUUUUUGGGAAGGCUUCUGGGCUCAUGUUUAUCUGAUAAAGAACAAUCUGAAUCUGAAUCAGUUCGUGGGCACUUCUCUGAUCGAUUUCUACGCGAAGUGCGGAUGUCUGAAUCUCGCCCGCCAAGUGUUCGACAAAAUGCCUCACAGAGACACAUCAUGUUACAACGCCAUGAUCCGUGGCCUGGCUAUUCACGGUCUCGGCCACGAAGCUCUCGAAGUUUACGAGAAGAUGAUCUCCCGAGGAUUGAUUCCCGACGAUGCGACCUUUCUAGUGACAAUAUCGGCGUGCUCGCACUCGGGUCUGGUCGAAGAGGGUCUGGGCGUAUUCCAUUCGAUCAAAGGUGCUCACGGGGUGGAGCCUAAGGUCGAGCAUUACGGGUGUCUGGUGGAUCUUCUCGGCCGAGCCGGGCGGCUAAAGGAAGCGGAAGAAUGGAUCGAGAAGAUGCCGAUGAAGCCGAACGCCAAGCUGUGGAGGUCGUUCUUGGGGGCAGCUACAAUUCAUGGGGACUUGGAGAGGGGGCAAAUUGCGCAAAAAAAUUUGUUGGGGUUAGAACCGGAGAAUGGUAGAAAUUACGUGCUUUUGUCGAAUAUUUACGCCGGCGUUGAUCGUUGGAAUGACGUGGAGAGAGCUAGGGAACUCAUGAAAACUCACGGCGUUGAUAAAUCUCCCGGCAUUAGCACUAAUUAUUCUAUUGUACCAUAAAUAAUCAUAUAUAAUUAACUUUAUAUAUAUAUAUAUAUAUAUAAAUAAAUAAUCGUUUUUGAUAUUACCAUUUGUUUAUGAUUAUGUACACACCCGGAAUUCCAAACC